AAUAUUGAAAGACCAAGUAAUUGCGUUUUUGAUAUAUUUCUUCUUUUUACCCUAAUUUGCUCGGGUCAUCAACUCAAUGGUAAAAUUACACCAAAUUAGAACUUUACUAUCUCUUUUAUUCCUGUAAAUUCCCGAAGCAGUAUAACCAACCCUAGCUUCCCUCCCUUUUCUCCACAAACCCACUAAAAAAAACUCUGCGAUUCCGCAAUUGAGACACAGAUAACCUUCCAGAAGUCGCCGCUUUUCAACAGUGUGAAUUUGAUGAAUUUAGUUUAGAAAGUUGUGGAAAUCUGCAAUCUUUCUUUGAUCUUAUCCUUUUUUUGGAUUAAUUUGCAAUAAACUAGAAGAUUGAGGAUUUGGGCUGUUAGUUUUAUUGGAAUUGAUUCGAUAGUGCUUUCAUAAUUCACAGCUAUGAAGGAAGAAGAUGUGAACCGUUGCCAGAUUCAAGAAUGGUACCCAAAAUUUAAAUCAGUGUCGAUUAGGACAUUCAUUCAUGAGCUUCCUGAAUCUUUUGUCCAGUACCUACUCGAUGAUUCAGGACCUUUCCUCCUUCCUGCUUCAAUCUCAAACGAAGAUGCCUUUCCGAAUAGAAUUCAUAAUCCAGAAGAGGAGGAAGAUUAUCAAGUAUCAGAAGGAUCCGGAGAUGAAGCAGAAGCUUUAUCGGCCCCUUGUUUCCCAGAACUUGAGUUGAAGAUUAAGGAGUCAAUUGAAACCCUUGGGGGUGCAAUCUUUCCUAAGUUGAAUUGGAGUGCACCCAAGGACUCUGCAUGGAUAAGCACCUCUGGGACACUCCGAUGCACUACAUUCAGUGAGAUUGCUCUCUUGCUUCGUUCAUCUGACUCUUUGAUCCAUGAUCUAUGUCAUGCAUAUGAUUCAUGCAGUGACAAAACCAUGUCAAGACCCCCUAAAUUCUUCCUUGCCCUUCGGAAAUGGUACCCACGUUUCCAACCCGAAAUGGAAUUCCGUUGUUUUGUAAAAGGGCAGAAGCUUGUCGGAAUUUCACAACGGGAGGUGACUACAUUUUAUCCAGUUCUUUGCGAGAAGAAAAACAAGGUUGAAGUGUUGAUUGAAGAAUUCUUCAAUGACAAUGUGAGGGUGAAAUUUGAAUCAGAUGAUUACACAUUUGAUGUUUAUGUUACAGAGGAUGAACGUGUAAAGGUGUUGGAUUUCAAUCCUUGGGGUGCUUUUACAUUGCCUUUGCUGUUCACCUGGGAGGAAUUGGAGCAGAAAGCCAGGGAAGGAGAUGAUUUGGAGUUGAGAAUUGUAGAGAGCCGAUGCGGUGUUCGGCCAGGUUUAAAGACAGCAGUACCAUAUGAUUACUUGGAUGUUAGUGCAGGGAGUGGCUGGGACCAAUUCCUGAGAAAUGCUAGUGAAGAGUUGCAACAGCAGACCAAGUCACCUGAAGCUGGAGCUUAAGAACUUUAGGUCCAAAUUUGAUGCUGUAAUUGUUACUCCUCCCAAUUCAUGUUACCGAGUCAAAUGCAUUGCUAUCAUAGGCAGAAUUCGCCAUUUUAAGCUUGUUAUUGAUUUUGAGUUGUUGGGAAUAUUCAUUCUAAAACCUUUUAGCAAAGGGACAAUGAUAGUCUUGUUUUGGAUAA